ACUAAUAUGAAGCUCAAUAAAAUAUUGAAAAUUUUAUGACUUUAACUUAGUAAUGAACGAGACUAAAUCACUAGGCGAGGAACUUAACCAAAGUGAUGAGAGUAGCUUCAUGAGAACUCUUGAUGAUGAGAAUAUCAAUAACGUAAGACAACAAUAAGCUUAUCAUCAAAUGAUAGUAAAAUAAUGAAUGGUCUCUCUAAAACAUAAAUAGUCAUAGAAUGAGAAUUGAAGUGUCAAACUACGAUCGACGAGGUUGUUUAAACCCUCUUAUUCACUUAUAACACAAGCAAACCUGAAUUUCGAUCCAUCUCCCAUAUGUAUACUCGACUACUAUGAGUAUGAUUUUAAGAGCACAACAAUCGAGCACCGACGUGUUAUAGAGGCCGUUUGGAUAUAAUGCAUUGUGCUACAAGAUAAAAGACAGAUGAAACGUGUGAGCUUCUUCACCUCAUCUUCUUGUUCAAUUUACACUUGAAAUAUGAUAAAAACAAACAAAACUUAAUAGAAGAAGAAAGAAAGAAGGCAAGAAUUGAGAAAUCCUAAGACACGAAGCGUGGACAAAGCGUGUAUGGACUAGAGAGGGACGUUACUUUACAGAUUUUUGUCCAUGAUCAGCUCUCUGCUUUUCUCUCCAUUCCCCCUAAGCCACUGAGAAAUAAGUUAGAAUCCGGUUCCGCCAUUAAUAACCUCCCUCGAGCCCUUAAAGUUUUGAUCUUUUCAUUCACUCCCUCAAGACCCUAACCCGCCCAAAAUCGGAUUGAUUGAUUGCCAGCAGCCAUUUCUUGGCAUCUUUGGUUCCCAGGUAAACCCUUCAACUUUACUCUGUUUUUUGUCGUCUCUGCAAACUCAACCCCGAUAAUUCUCGUCCACCGCUAGAACUUCUCCCAAACCAGAGCUUAGAUUUCAGAAUUCCUCUAUUGUUCUCAAUAAUUUCAUCAAGUUAGCUCAUUUAUGCUGUAAACCAAUUGCAGUGGGAGAAUCGAGGUCGAACAACUUUGCCGCCAAAAAUCCGCCAUGGCUUCUCUCUGAUUUUCAGUCGAUUGAAUCCGUAUCCGAAAGGGGGUUAUAGGUUUUUUAUGGCGGGAGGCAGCUGGGAGAGAGAAGAGGACGAGGAGAAGAGAAAGAAGGAAUCGUGGAUAGAGAGAGUGAAAUCAGGAGGAGCUGUUCCACUGCUCGAUCCGGCGAAUUGCGCCAAUGGAUGGGCGUCACCGCCAGGAAGCAAAUUCAUGGUUCGAGGCCCUGAUUACUUUAAGACCAAGGUCAAGAUUCCAGCUGGAGAGUACCUCCUGAAGCCGAUCGGGUUCGACUGGAUCAAGGGUUCGACCAAAAUCUCUGAAAUUCUCAAACAUCCAACCACUAGAGUUAGGAGGGCUCUCGAUGAGGCAUUCACCCAAAUUGAGGGAGGAGGAAACCCUAACCCUAACCCGAAACCAUUCGUUUGGGCAUUCAACUUGCAGGUACCCAGCAAGGACAACUACAGCGCGGUGGCCUAUUUCGCCUCGUUCGAUCCUGUUCCGGAGGGAUCCCUAAUGGAUAAGUUCUUGAAAGGGGACGACGCAUUCAGGAACUCGAGGCUGAAGCUGAUUGCCAACAUUGUGAAGGGACCUUGGAUCGUGAGGAAAGCAGUAGGGGAUCAGGCGGUUUGCUUGAUUGGCAAGGCAUUGCACUGCAAGUACACUGUUGGGGAGAGGUUUAUGGAGGUGGAUGUGGAUAUCGGUUCAUCGGUUGUGGCGAAUGCGAUAGUUCAUCUCGCAUAUGGGUACAUUACUAAGCUGACUGUUGAUAUCGGUUUCGUGAUUGAAGGGUUAACAGAAUCUGAGCUUCCGGAGCAGCUCUUGUGUGCGUUUAGGUUCUCUGAGCUCGACCCGGGUUCUGCCUCGAUGCUGAAACCCUUGUCGAAUGGCCUGCAGCAGCAGUCAUCGCUGUCGACUAGGUUGUGGAAGUCGAUUGGGUUAUGAGUUUGUCUGAUGAUCCAAAUCAAGAACAGCAGCAGCAGAAGAAAAGGUUUUUGAAGGAUAGGGUGGUUAACCUUUUUUAGGUGACCCUAAUUUUAAGGUACUUUUGUUAAGUUGCCAUUUGCAGAUGGUAUGAUGGGUUAUUUUGUGUCAUAUCAUUGAAAUGGAUUCACUAAUUUGAGCACAGGCUAGCCUACCUGACGAAGUUAGUGCCGAGUUCGUUGCAACCUUUUCGUUCUUUGGGUUGUCACUCAUUUCUGGGAUUUGUUUCUUGCAUCUUAUUCAAACGCUAAUUAAGAAGCCAACUACGUGUAACACAAUCUUCUGUAUGUGUUUCUGUGAACCAAGUUGUUCGAUUGACACAUCAUGGUUGGUCAUAUUAACUGCAUUUCCUUCCUGUAAGACUCAAAAAUUGGUAAUCCAAACUGCAUAAGGAAAACCCCUGAAUGAUCAUUUGCUUGUUGGUUCAUGUUGGGAUUACGGUUCGUCGCGUUGGGAUCGCCUUAUUGACUCACUAAUACAAAAGGGAGCUAGUUUCUGUAUAAAUCAAACAUGUACCGGUCAGUUCGUAUCAAAUUCAAUCCCUGGUGACACUGAACUGCUAAACCAUACCAAACCAUGCCAAACAGUUUCCACUUUCUACCGAAUUCGAUAAAGUGCCAAACACCAA